GAGAGAGAGAGAGGAAACAGAGAGAGAGACAGAGACAGGUGAAUCAGGGGGCUGGACGCCACACAUGCAGCGCUACAGCGCACGAACAGCCACUCACCGCCCUCCGCUGUGGAUUCGCAAGGGUCGCGACGCGCAACGAGGCGCUACAGUGUGUCUCUUCGUAGCGGAUGGCGACAUGCCCUCAGAAUGCCUUCUUAAAACCCUCGAAGUUUGUUGGUAGCGACAGCCGGAGGGACAUACCCCAAAUCUCGCCAAUCGGGUGCAUCAACUGCAGCCACAUAAAGCCCAGCUGAGCCCGGGCUUUGUUGUCAGUAUAGUAAGUGAAUCGGCACCGUCAUCCGAGAGCAUCCUAGCCAAGGAAACACGGAGGAGCAUCCUGAUGCAUGGAGCAAGAAGUUCUUUCAUAUCUCGUCACGACGAACGGCUUUCAGCACUCGGUGUGUCUUGAGCCUUGAAGACCUACUGUCGCUUUGACCUGUGGUUCCUUCCUACUGAUGAUGGCCGAUCGGAGGGGCUGUGGACCCAAGAGUCUCUGAUUCAGCAGAGGAAGGUUCGUCCCUGCGUCCGGUCCAUGUCCACCUUCAGACGCUCCCCGGCCAAAACAUCGGAUUUCGACCAGUUAAAAGGUUCCGCUGACAGUCGGACCAGCAUGAGGCUGGUGUGGAAGUCCCUGGACAAGAUGAGGUGUCUUCGGAAACGCUCCACCAUCCCCUUCCUCGGCUUCCUCAUCACCUUCCUCCUCUUCCUCAACCUCUAUAUCGAGGACGGAUACGUGCUGGAGGAGGACAAGAGGCAACUCCGGGAAUCGUCAGCGCACCCCACCACCUCAGAGCGAUACGGCCACACCUUUCGGGAACUCACCAAUUUCUCCGGAACCAUCAACGUGACGUAUCGUUAUCUUGCCGGGACGCCUCUUAAUCGCAAGAAGUAUCUUACCAUCGGUCUCUCAUCGGUCAAGAGGAAAAGAGGAAACUACUUGCUGGAAACGAUCAAGUCCAUCUUCGAUCAGUCCAGCUACGAGGAGCUGAAGGAGAUUGUGGUGGUGGUCCACCUGGCCGACUUUGACCUGGUGUGGUGCGAGAACCUAGUGCAAGAAAUCACCAGGAAGUUCGCCCACCACAUCAUAGCAGGGCGCCUGCUGGUCAUCCAGGCUCCGGAGGAGUAUUACCCGUCUCUAGACGGCCUCAAAAGGAACUACAACGACCCGGAAGACCGGGUCCGGUUCCGCUCCAAACAGAACGUAGACUACGCCUUCCUCCUCAACUUCUGCACAAACCUCUCCGACUUCUACAUGAUGCUGGAGGACGACGUGCGCUGCUCCAGGAACUUCCUGACCUCCCUGAAGAAGGUGAUCACCUCCAGGGAAGGAUCCUACUGGGUGAUGCUGGAGUUCUCCAAGCUGGGCUACAUCGGGAAGCUCUACCACUCCAGAGACCUGCCACGCCUGGCCCACUUCCUGCUCAUGUUCUACCAGGAGAUGCCGUGCGACUGGCUCCUGAUUCACUUCAGGGGCCUGCUUGCCCAGAAGGACGUGAUCCGCUUCAAGCCCUCGCUGUUCCAGCACAUGGGCUACUACUCCUCCUACAAAGGGGCCGAGAACAAGCUGAAGGACGACGACUUUGAGGAAGACUCCAUAGACAUACCGGACAACCCUCCAGCCAGUCUGUACACGAACAUCAACGUGUUUGAGAACUACGACGCCACCAAGGCCUACAGCAGCAUAGACGAGUACUUCUGGGGGAAGCCUCCCUCCACCGGAGACUUCUUUGUUAUCGUCUUCAACAAGUCGACCAAAAUAAACAAAAUCAAAAUCAUCACCGGGUCGGACGAUCGGCAGAACGACAUUCUCCACCGUGGGGCUCUGGAGGUGGGCGAGAAGCUGGUGGGAACCAAAAAGGGAAAACAGUGCACAUCCUACAUUACAUUGGGGGAGUUUAAAAAUGGCCACAUCGAGGUGCAAAACGUGGACCAUAAAAUUGCCUUUGACAUUGAGUGUGUCCGUAUUGUGGUGACAGCAAGUCAAAAGGAAUGGCUUAUCAUUAGGAGUAUCAGUUUAUGGACUACACAACCCCCGAGUCAAUGAGGACUUGGCGUUAUGACUCAUAUAGGCCAAUCUUUUUUAUUAUUUAUUAAUUUAGGUACUUUCUGGUUAUUUAUCAAUUCAUGGAUGUUAUUGUGUAUUUAUAAGAUAUAAUUUGGACAUGCGAAAAAUUAUCUUUUAAUUUUUUUUUUUUUAUACCCACAGGCAAAAGUAUUAUCUUUGGUGUUCAAAUUUUUCGACUCAUUACAAAGGACUGCUUUCACCUGGUUUGACCUUGAGGAUUCAUAAAAGUACUUUGUUUUCUAUAAG